AUGUCGAGUACCGAGUCCGAGCGGCCGUGGAAAAAAAUGUUUUUCUUGGGGAUUCUGACGCUGCUGACGGUGGUCGAUCGAACAGCGGGAGCAACAUGUGGUUCGUAUCAGACACAGAUUGCCUCGUCCAUGUGUAACUGGCAAUCAUUGCGUGGUAUCAUGUACUGGAGAUUUGUACUGACAGAGUUAGCCAAUGUUAUCCGCGACACAAUCUACAUAGAUGGAGGAUAUCUCUGGUAUGACCCGUAUGGAAAGUCCGAGCAAUGGAUAAAAAUAUGCCUUUUACUGAAAAUCUCAGAAUCUACUCGGACAAUUGCACCGGUGACCAAAAGUUUCCAAGGCUCUAUCUAUACUUUCAAUCUUUCAUCCUCAUUCAAUACGAGUUCGAAUUUCUCAAAAGUUCUCAGCCUCCAGUCUAUUACCGGCGGGGCUGGGAGCAACAUAGAUCCAGUUUUCAUUGACGGAGUGAUGUUUGCCAACGAUGGCGAGUUCUAUCUUUAUGGAGGUGCAGCCUUGCCUGCUUCCGAUAACACGAACUCAUCGGAAGAUACAGUGCUUGGAUAUGAAGCCUACCAGUAUGAUGGGAUCACUAUUGACAACUGGGAGCCCAUGUGGUGGACGGAUGACCUACCAGACGAUAUGACAACUUAUAUCACCAAUGGAGCUGGGGAAUCGGCUCCUAGUGAGAAUCUAGGCUUCUACUUCAGUGGAAUGCAUCGCCCGGGCUGGGGUGCCUUCUCAUAUCCACCCUAUCUAGCCAACACCACAGCAGACACACUCAUUACUGUCAACAUGUCAGUGAUGCGCUCCGAAACAUGGCAAAACGAUACCCUUCCAAGCUAUAUUCAAGGCCGUGCGAACGCGGAGAUUGUUUGGGUUCCAGUGUCCGAGUCUGGAGUUCUGGUAGCCAUCGGGGGUGUGGUUGACCCUGCUGGAUCAUUUAUAAGUCUCAACUCAACACAGAAGGCGCUCAACGAAGACCUUAGCCCAACGUUCAUGGAGACGGUUUCUGUCUAUGAUGUCAAUACCAAAAUUUGGUAUCUCCAGAAUACAACGGGCGAUACACCACCGCAGCUGACCGAGUUUUGUUCGGUUCUUGCGAGUGCAGAGGACGGAUCAUCACAUAAUAUCUACAUCUACGGAGGAUACAAUGGUCUUGAUGCCAAUGCGAAUCCCUCGGACGAUGUAUAUAUCUUGUCAUUGCCCUCUUUCACGUGGGUCAAGGCGUACAACGGAACAAACACACAUGGCCGGAACGGACAUCGAUGUAUCAAGGUUUACCCAAACCAAAUGCUCGCUAUUGGAGGCCUUCGAAUCGAUGUAACACACUGUCUGGAAGAUGGUGUUAUCGUCAACUUCAAUCUCAACAGUCUCAGCUUCCAGGAUACCUAUGAUCCUGCGGUGUGGAGCACCUACAAAGUGCCGGACAUCUUGACAGCUCAAAUUGGCGGAGAUUCUUCGGGUGGCGCGACCGUAACAGCCCCAUCAUCAUGGACCAACUCCUCUCUCAAAUCUAUCUUCAGCACGGAGUACACCAAAACCAUCUCAACCUACUACCCCUACAACACGACUUCCAGCGACACCACCACAACACACCACAAAAAAUUCCCAACCUGGGCUGCAGCCGUAAUCGGCGUUCUCUGCGGCCUACUAGUUAUCGGAAUAAUCAUUGCAGCCCUCUGGUUUUUCCUGAGACGUCGUCAGAAACGCCACCUCGAAAAAGAUGAAGUCCACGAAACCGACGGUCGCCAACAUCUCACAUCCAUGUACGGCGGUGGCCCAACCUCACCCAUAGCAGGUCCCACAUCCACAUCAACAGGCCAAGAGACAUCCACGGGAAUAGUCACCACAUCUGCCUCUCCCGGAACAGUGGAAUCAGGCGGAGGAGCAGUCCACGAGAUGCACGACUCUUCCCCGGUCGAACUCCCAACAACAUUCAACGUCUCCUCUUCAAACACAAACACAAACGCAAAUGUGACUAGGGAAUCCUCAAUGCUUAGCCUGGCGCGAGGAUCCUCUCCUUCGCCUAUAUUGCCCCAAACCCCCGAGUCGGAUUCCGUUCAAUCGUUUAUCGGAACGAGCCACCACCGCAGUUUGUCAACUCGGUCUAUUGAUAAUGUGGUUACGGGUCGGAUGUCGCAGUUUCAUGAAACGUUCGAUACGGGAAAUGGGCAGCAUUUUGGGUCGGAGAUUUCGGAGGGAAGUUCGAAUGAGAGGGCUGUGGUUGGUGUUAAUAAGACGAUUCACGAGACAGAGUAA